AGUUCGCAUCCACUUGCGUAAACGCUGCUGCUGCAGAGUGGUGGUUGACAGUCUCAGGCGACAAGAGGAAAACAAGACGGUGUUUUGUGUCUCCUUCUUCUUCUUCUCUUUUUUUGCUAAAGGCGUAUCACUGGUGGAUGCCACCAUGAAGCAGAAAACAUAAGUUGAGCACUCAUAAGGACGCUGCCACUUGUACUUUGCUGAAGAUAUUCAUCGGUGGGAUGAAGAAUUAAAGUCUUAUAGAGUUUGUGCCAACAUGUCUAAACCAAUGGAUCACGUCAAACGCCCGAUGAAUGCUUUCAUGGUUUGGUCCAGAGCCCAGCGCAGAAAAAUGGCUCAGGAGAACCCGAAAAUGCACAACUCCGAGAUCAGCAAGAGAUUAGGAGCGGAGUGGAAACUUCUCACCGAGUCUGAGAAGAGGCCAUUCAUCGACGAAGCCAAACGACUGCGAGCGAUGCACAUGAAGGAACACCCAGACUAUAAAUACAGACCGAGGCGGAAGCCCAAGACUCUGAUGAAGAAAGAUAAGUUUUCUUUCCCUGUGCCAUACAAUCUCGGGGAGCACGACGCGCUCAAAGUUAACGGGCUUUCCGCUGGAGCACUUUCCGAGUCCAUCAUUGGGAACCCUGAUAAGGCUGCAGCGGCUGCGGCGGCCGCAGCGGCGAGGGUAUUCUUCAACCCGUCCAUGUCUGCGAACCCCUAUUCUUUUUUCGACCUGGGAUCCAAGAUGACUGAGCUUUCCCCACCUUCGUUUCCGUACGCGUCUCCGUUGGGCUACCCGCCGGGAGGCGCCACGGCGUUUACCGGGACUGGCAGUGUCACUGGCGGGACGCACACCCACACUCACUCACAUCCGUCCCCGGGAAACCCAGGCUACAUGAUCCCUUGUAACUGUACGGGCUGGCCCUCAGCAGGACUCCAGCCGCCCUUAGCAUACAUCCUCCUCCCCGGGAUGGGAAAACCUCAACUUGAACCGUACCCUGCAUACGCUGCAGCGUUAUGAUAAGGCCCGCUUUGGACUCCUGAGCAACACACAAACUGUGAAAACAAAAAACAAACAAACAAGAAAAAAAAAGCUAUUCAUGCAAGAGUUUUAUUAUGCAUGCACAAACUUGUACAUGUGAUGAAGUGCUCGUCGUCUCAGAUAUCACAUGUGUAUGUAUAUUGAUAAAUGCCUUUAUCUAAGGUAAUGCUUAUUUAGAGAACUCUCUAAUCUAUUAUUACCCAGCCAUCACCUCUCACAGCCCAGAGGCAGAAGGACUACAGGAUGGCAGAGAUGCACACAUGAGAGGAAAAGGGUAUCAAUUUGUGAAGAAAAAAAACCAUUUUGAAAAGGUAUUUCUAUCUUUUGCAAGUUGCACCUGCUUUGACUAUAACCUGUUGGAAUCAAGGGCAGCACAUUAAUCACAGGAUCUCCUCUCUGAUCACUUGUUGUAGGCUAAAUGGGUUGUAAUUCACGGAUCAAGGAGGAUCUCUCACAACAUUCCCCCCCCCCCUCUCUCUCUCUCUCUUGAAUGACUGUAAAUGUGUACAGAUACAAAUGACUCUAGUUUAUUUGCCGUUAUAGGCUUAGUGUUUGAGAUAGGGCCAGGAUCCUACAGGACGCAUUUUCACUAAGAGAUGCGGUGUAUAUUUUGAGUUUUUAAACCGUUUUAUAGAUGUCUGUAAUAUUUAUUGUUUAGUGGAAUCUAUGGUGACCCCCAGACAAUUUUAAAAAGGACACGACUAGUUCUGUGAUAUUUGCACAUGAAACGUAGAGGAUGUAAUUUAUUUUCAAGGUGGUUUGAUUCAUCAAACCUGUUUUUUCCUCCUCUCCAAACAGUAAAAAAAAAAAAAAAAAAAAAUUAAACGCAAGUGGAAGUUUAUUCAAGGAGUCCCCUGAUCCCUCACCCUCCCACUCCUCGUAUCAUGUGCAGCAGAAAAAAAACCUUUUUAACUAACUCUUAUGGAAUUUGUAUGUUUUGUGUUUUCUUUAACCUCCGUUAUGUACUUCAACCUAUUGCUACUGUUCAACUUGUUGAGCGAAAAAAGGACUACAAUAAAGCGUAUUCGGAUUAAACGGAA